AUGGAGAAAGAUUCAUUUCACUUCGGCUGUAUGAUGCUCUUCCUUACGAUCGUUGCUUCGCACUCUCUUGCUUCAACCCGGCCACGUUGCCAUGAAGACGAGAGAUCUGCGCUGUUGGAGUUCAAGGCAACCAUCUUCACCAGAGGCUCUCCGUGUUUCUAUGCCGAUCCAGAUAAGCCACCAAAGAUUGAAUCCUGGAACGCAACGACAGGGGAAACUCAAAGCGACUGCUGCUCUUGGGCUGGUGUUGAGUGCGAUAAGGUAAGCGGUCACGUGAUCGGCCUCGACCUCAGUUGCGGUCGUCUCUCCGGUGAAAUCGACUCCAACACCAGCAUUUUCCGCCUUCAUCGCCUAAGAAGCCUUAACCUCGCCUCAAAUGACUUCGAUUAUCAGAUUCCUUCGGCAAUUGGAAAUCUUGGUUCCUUGAGGGACUUGAACCUCUCCUCCUUCGGCCUCAUGGGUCACAUCCCUAAUUCGUUCAGUAACUUGACCCAACUUGUCCAUCUAGAUCUCUCAACUCUUGGGCUGACAGGCACAACAGCGCCCCUGGAAAACCUGACUCUACUUACUCACUUAGACUUGAGAGGGUUAGAUCAGUUUGGAGGUGAAAUCCCAUCUUCUUUUGGACGUCUUGCUCAACUGGAGCAUCUGAAUCUAGCCAUUAAUUCUUUGACGGGUGAAGUUCCAUCUUUCUUGGGAAAUCUUGUCCACCUUAAGUAUUUAAGUCCGGCGGGCAAUAUGUUAACUGGGCGAAUUCCUCCCUCUCUAGGGAACCUUGUCCAACUUACUAGUUUAGACUUAAGCUUGAACCAGUUGACUGGGCGAAUUCCUCCCUCUCUAGGGAACCUUGUCCAACUUACUAGUUUAGACUUAAGCUCGAACCAGUUGACUGCCGAAAUCCCGUCUUCCAUUGGAAACCUAGCUCAACUUACUUACUUAGAUCUUGGAUACAAUCAAUUAGUGGGCGAUAUUUCACUCUCUUCCCAAAACCUCAUGGAGCUCGGGUUCUUAACACUUCGGUCGAAUCAAUUGAGUGGGGAAAUCCCAUCCUUGUUGGGAAGACUCACCCAGUUGAUUAGCGUUGACCUUUCAUAUAACCGAUUCCACGGUACAAUUCCAAGCACGAUUUUCCAAUUACGGAAUCUCCUCACUCUGUAUUUGAAUUCAAAUAACUUGAGUGGCACAAGAAAGUUGGAUACAAUUUCGGAGGCUGAAAACCUUCGAGAACUCGCGUUAUCCUCUAACAAACUGUCGUUGAUCGUUGAAACCAACAUAACUCACCGGUUCUCUGGUCUAGGUUUGGGUUCAUGCAACUUAAAUGGUUUCCCUGAGUUUCUAAAAGGACAAGAUGGCUUGUCCGAGCUAGAUCUAUCCUACAACAACAUUUCCGGUCAAGUUCCUGAAUGGUUUAUGAAGGUGAGCACAGGAAACCUACGUCAUUUGAACCUUUAG